CGCACCGGCUGCACUGUUGCAUGCACGUCGAGUAGUUAAUUAUUUUACCGCAUUCAACUGCAGUUCCCCCUCCACACACACUCUCUCUCACACACACUCACAGCGGAGGAAAAAAAGAAACAACCUUCACGCGAACGGCACCUGUGCUUUGUGGAAUACUUGAGCUUUUCUUGUUCUUUUCCGACCUGAAACGGGAAUAUCUGCGUAUCUGGGAGGACUCUGGAAAUGCUGUGUGCUUUAAAGACAUUGGGAUGGGAAAAUCGGAGGGGCUUUUGUGAGGGGCUGUGGAUAGAGAGCAGCCUGGAAUGAAAGCAAUCUAAAAAAGCGUUCGACGGAGAUUUCUGUGGACACUUGCCCUGUGUGUGGACUGUUUUCCCCCGCGCGAACGAGCGAGCGAGCGAGCGAGCAUUCCCUCAUCCGAUGGAUUUUUGCCUUUGCAGCUCAGCAGAGGGUGUUAGAUCUGCCAGUGAACAGCGGGUUGAAAAGUCCAGAAUCUCUCAGCCAGCGUCUUUGUGAUGGGAAAGCGUUGAACCAAGCCGUCGUGAAGGAUGCUAAAGAUGUAAGAAUCUCGGAUUAAUCUGAACGGCGAUGCAUUGAGAUGUGCGCGGUGUGAUUUCAGCACCACGGGAGAAAAGAACAGCUCCCGCGCCGUGGAUAUGUGAGAAAUGCACAAGGUCAGUGAUUUGCGAACCCGAAAAGCCACAUAAUUGAGUAGAAGAUGUCAUUCUGUAGGCUUUGAGAUUGUUUUGAGAGCAUGCGAUGAUGGAGAGGUGAUGAAAAAAAAGAUGCUUCUUGCUUGCGAUUUUUUUCUCAAUCUGGACGUAGCGAGCUGAGCAUGGAUAUAAUCGCAGAGUGUCCUCUGCUUUUUUAGACUGGAGAUAUAUCUCGUUUCUCGCCCUCUUGCUGAUUGUAUUCAUGUCUUGAUGUCGGGGAUGAUUGUGUCGUAUUAAAAAUGCUGCUUUGGAUUGUGUUGCUGAAGGCGGCUCUUUGUGUAGCUAUCGGGAAUGUUACAAGGGACGUCUGUAAGGAGCAGAUCUGCUCCUGCAAUGCAAUAGAAGGCGAUUUGCACAUUGACUGUGAGAAAAGGAGCCUCACGAACCUGCAUCAUUUGACUGGUCCGAGCUCCCAGUUUUACCAUCUCCUGCUUCACGGGAAUUCUCUAUCCAGACUGUUUCCCAAUGAGUUUGCUAACUUUUACAAUGCUGUGAGCUUGCAUUUGGAGAACAAUGGCUUGCACGACAUCGUGCCAGGCGCUUUCUUGGGACUGCAGCUUGUGAAGCGGUUGCACAUCAAUAACAACAAGAUCAGGUCUUUCAAAAAGAACACGUUUCUCGGUUUAGACGACCUGGAGUACCUUCAAGCUGACUUCAACCUUCUGAGGGACAUCGACCCAUCUGUGUUCAGGGACUUGAGUAAGCUUGAAGUUUUAAUCUUGAACGACAACCUUAUUAGCGCUCUUCCCAUCAACGUGUUUCAGAACGUGCCCAUCACGCACCUCGACCUGAGAGGGAACAGAAUAAAAACGUUGCCUUACGAAGGGAUUCUAGAGCAGAUACCUGGCAUCGUGGAGGUUUUACUGGAGGACAACCCAUGGGAUUGCAACUGCGAUUUGGUUUCCCUAAAGGAAUGGCUGGAGAACAUCCCACAGAAUGUGCUGAUUGGACGGGUCAUUUGCGAGGCGCCCACUCGGCUACAAGGGAAUGACCUGAACGAAACAGCCGAGAUGGAGUUGUGCCCUUCAAAGAGUGGCAUGGAUUCCAGCCUGGUGGCACCUCCCACCCAGGACGAAAGCCCUGAUCGUGGCCCCCAUCCUACGCCCUUUAAAACGAGCGGGGUGACGGAGUCCCAUAGUGCUGGGGGAGGGCACAACAAGGGCCGUCCCAAAGCCAGAGAGAAUUGGCAGCUGAAAACGAAGCCCACAGCAAUGGCAACGGGCACCGUUGAAAGGGAACCACCUGCUAAUUCAUCCUGCCCCCAAUCUUGUAGUUGUAGGCUGAUUGGAACUAGGCAAGGGCUCGGGGUUAACUGCGAGGGCAGGAAGAUAGAAAGCGUGGCUAAUCUCAAACCCAAACCACUAAGUGCGCACGAGUUAAAUCUGCGCGACAACAACAUUCAUACCGUGAGAAGGAACCAGCUUAGAGGCUACCAUAGCUUAAACUUGCUCGAUUUGGGGGGGAAUAACAUUAAAAUGAUAGAAAACGGCACUUUUCACAAUCUCACCGAGCUGAGGUGGCUCUACAUGGACAAGAACUACUUGGAUACGCUAAUGGCGGAGAUGUUUGUUGGACUACAGAACCUGGAGUAUCUCAGUUUGGAAUACAAUGACAUCCAGCUCAUAAUGCCAGGCACCUUCAGCCCGAUGCCCAACCUGAGGGUGCUCUUUCUCAACAACAACCUGCUCAAAGCUCUACCCAUGGAUGCGUUCCUGGGGGUGUCUUUGUCUAAAAUAAGCUUGCAUAACAAUUAUUUCACAUUUCUGCCCGUGCCGGGCGUCUUAGACCAACUCAACUCCAUCAUCCAAAUCGAUUUGCAUGGGAACCCCUGGGAUUGCUCGUGCAACAUUGUCCCCUUCAAGCAGUGGACAGACAAGCUCGGGGCGGACGUCAUCGUGAGCGAUCUCAAAUGCGAGUCCCCUGAGGAGUUCUGGAAGAGGGAUUUCCGGCGGAUCAGGAAUGAUCUGAUGUGCCCUCAGCUCUACGAGAAGAUCUCCCCUACCUCUCUGUCCAAAAACAGCACUCUCCCUGCAGACACCGGCACGCGGCCCAACUCCUACCUGGAGCCCAGCAGAGUCUCCAUAUCGGUGCUCGUGCCCGGUCUGCUCUUGGUUUUCGUGACGUCUGCCUUCACUGUGGUAGGAAUGCUGGUCUUUAUCCUGCGCAAUCGAAAGAGAUCUAAACGGAGAGAUGGCAACUCUUCUGCAUCAGAAAUCAAUUCUUUACAGACAGUUUGCGACUCGUCCUAUUGGCACAGCGGAGCUUAUCACCCAGACGCACCACACAGAGGUUACGACUGUGGUGGCCACUCUCUUUCUGACAAAUGAUGCUCGCGGAGAGCAAACGAGCAAAUGGACGUACUGCGUUUCGUAUGUUGCGGUGACAAUGGAGGGCGACACACUAGACACACUAGACCCCUGACUUGCCUCGAUGGGGGGAAAAAUAGCCUAUUUUUUUUGUUGCUUCGGUUGAGUAUAGCGUCUAUGAAACACUGCAACGGGGCCCCUGCUGUUAUAUAUGUACAGAGCCUCUCUCUCUCUCUCCCUCUCUCCUCCCAGCUCAGACUGCAGACACGCUCAAAAGAGGACGUGGGAACGGUGCACGAACGCAUGAAUGUAAUGUAAAUAAUGGACUGUAACAUAUCUGCAUGAUUCGCAUGGUCUCAACACACACUGGGAACCAUUACCAUAGUAACAAGGAAGCCAACGCGACCCUUCUUUCGUGGUAUCAAUAUAUAAAUAUAUAUAAAUAUAAAACUAUAUAUAUAUAUGACUAUAUUAAAAGUGCCAUUUCUUCUAUUUUUUGUCAGUUAGACUAUUUGUAUUUGCUGUUUGAUUUCUCUUUCUCAAAGGCAGACAGGCCCGAAGGCGGAGAUGAUGAGUUGUAAAUGCAUGUACUUUUUUUCCGUUUUAUCAGUUGAUUGUUGAUCGGUUGAUAUGGGGAUUAUUUAUACCUUUUUUUGUGCAGAUUUCUCAUGUAUCUGCCUAGUCAUCUCCUUUAUGAAUGUACAAUGUGUUAAUCUUAUGGUGUGCCAACUGUUGACAUGUUUUGGGAACGCGGAUAAGCAUGACCGAUUCGAGUCACUGACAUGCUUAUGCUGCGAAAAUUCAAUGUAGCUCUGGUGGUUCGUGAUCUUGUGCGUCGAUGGACGCAGCGUGUGGGUACAAGGGCGACACAAGGGGAGGAUUUUUCCUUUUUUUUUUCUUUUGAAAGGGUUUCCGGGUGCAGAUUUCCAGCUUAAGAUGCCUUUAAUUUAUUAAUUAUUAUCAUUCUUUCUAGGGGAUGAAGUAUUCCUUCACAAAAGCCUAUUAUUCACUGUAAGUAUCGUGAGCUUUUGUAAAGCCAUCUAUUUUGUCCAAAUACCAGAAAGGGAUAUUACGCCGUUUGCUACUUCGAAUGGAUGAAAAGGUGUAAAUAUGUACAAGAAUGGCAUGUCUGUGCGUUUGACUGAUGUCAUCACAGCAGCCGUAGACCGAAUAGCCGCCUCUAGAUGUCGCUGUUGCCUCUCAAGCAUAUAAAACCAUGCUGGGAGCUGAAGUUCACCGGUGUGUGUGUGUGUGUGUAGGCGAACCAGCAUUCACAUUAUCAACCUAACCAGGCCUAAGCGUGACACUGUGUUGGCUAACACUCGGAGAGGAGGGAGGGGGGAUCGGAUUUUAGUAGUGAACAACACAAGUUGAACGCUGUUUCCAAAAUGCCAUUUUUACAAACGAGAUGUGGAGCGCAGUGCCAUGCAUCUCACUGCUAGCAUUUAAAUGUCACUGCUGAUGUUUUCUGAGGUUGAGUUUGUAUCACUGUAAUGAUUUUACCACAUAAAGAACAGCUAAAUAAAAAAAUAAGGUGACCGGGCAUCCAUUUUCAUAGUCCAUCUUCUAGAAUUUGUAGCUUACGUUUGGAUCCCCUGUUCAUUUAAAAAGCUUUUGCACCAAAUUAUACAACUCGACAUGAAAGUUCCCGCUGUAUUUAUGGCCGAGCCUUGUUGCAAGUGUGGAAAACAUUGGCACUGGGAGAUGCCGUUUCUCUCCUACCUGUCAAUUUGAUUUAGGUUGCACAAAACAAAGUCGGUUGAAUUGCAGUCCAGCAGAACGUCCCAACGGGGUUCCUGUCAUAUUGCAAUAGUUUUGCUCUAAUGUAGAUUCAGAGGCUUCGGAGAGAUGUGUGUUGUGACUCACGCUGCACAUAUGCACAUAAAAAAAAAGAAAGAGGGAAAAAAAAAAAGACCAAAACAUUCAUACUUCCCCCAACCGAGCGAAGCUGAAGGGUGACCUUCCGAUCUAUUAUUUCUGUUAUACCGGUUCUGGCUGUCCAUCAAGGCAUCUCUUUCUCUCCCAUCAUGCGUGGAAGGGUAAUUAUUUGUCGCUCCACUGUGAAAGACUGUACCACAUUCUGGCUUAUCUAUUAUUUGGUGCAUUUCUCCCAACAGUUUGUCUCUCAGAGUUACAUUUCUAUGCUUUGCUACAUUUGAUCUGCUUCUAUUUUGUUAAAUAAAAUGUGGUGGAGGUUGAGUGAAGUUA